ACCGGGGGCGGAGCGCGCGCGGCGCCGAGCGGACGCGCCCCCGCGCUUAGGUGAAGCCGGGCGCGCGUCGCGGCGGGGAGGCGAGAGCGGCGGCGGCGGCGGCGGCGGCGGCAGAGCGCGCGGACAGAAGUGUUGGUUUUCGAGCUCCCCUGGAAGUAGAGGACCGCCCCUCCCCCUCCUCCAGCACCACCUCCCCUGCCUGGCGUCCACCUCUGCGGCUCCUACCUGAGUGCUCCCGGCUCCUACCUGAGUGCUCCCGGCUCCUACCUGAGUGCUCCCGGCUCCUACCUGAGUGCUCCCGAGUUAAAUGGCUGAUAAGCAGAUCAGUCUGCCAGCCAAGCUCAUCAAUGGCGGCAUCGCUGGGCUGAUCGGGGUCACCUGCGUGUUCCCCAUCGACCUGGCCAAGACGAGGCUGCAGAACCAGCAGAAUGGCCAGCGUCUGUACACCAGCAUGUCUGACUGCCUCAUCAAGACCAUCCGCUCAGAGGGCUACUUCGGGAUGUACCGCGGCGCCGCCGUGAACCUGACCCUCGUCACCCCCGAGAAGGCCAUCAAGCUGGCAGCCAAUGACUUCUUCCGAUAUCAGCUCUCCAAGGACGGGAAGAAGUUGACGCUGUUCAAGGAGAUGCUGGCGGGCUGUGGGGCCGGCACCUGCCAGGUGAUCGUGACCACCCCCAUGGAGAUGCUGAAGAUCCAGCUCCAGGACGCGGGCCGCAUUGCCGCCCAGAGGAAGACCCUAUCUGGCCAGGCCCAGCUGUCCGGCGGACGGGGUGCCCAGCCCUCCAUGGAGGCUCCAGCUGCACCCCGGCCCACAGCCACUCAGCUGACCCGGGACCUGCUGCGGAGCCACGGCAUCGCCGGCCUCUACAAGGGACUGGGGGCCACGCUGCUCAGGGACGUCCCCUUCUCCAUCGUCUACUUCCCCCUCUUUGCCAACCUGAACCAGCUGGGCCGGCCGGCAUCUGGGGAGAAGUCUCCUUUCUACGUGUCCUUCCUGGCCGGCUGCGUGGCUGGGAGCACGGCUGCCGUGGCUGUCAACCCCUGUGACGUGGUGAAGACCCGGCUCCAGACGCUCCAGCGCGGCGUCAACGAGGACACCUACUCGGGGUUCCUGGACUGCGCCAGGAAGAUCUUGCGGAACGAGGGCCCCACAGCCUUCCUGAAGGGUGCUUACUGCCGCGCCCUGGUCAUCGCCCCGCUGUUCGGCAUUGCUCAGGUGGUCUACUUCCUGGGCAUCGCCGAGACCCUGCUGGGGCUGCCGCGAGUCCAGCCCUGAGCCCGGCAGCCACCCCACGCCCUCCAGCUGAGCGGGACCAGAGUGGGGCCAGGGCCAGGCAACCCCCCCGGAUGAUGCGAGAGAGUCUCUCCCCACAUGGACUUGGGGUGGGGGAGGAAGGGGUGCAGGGUCCACACAGUGUGCACACGUGGGCCUGGUGGGGUCCUGCCUGCACGACCGCUGGGAUCAAUGUCUUACUUAUGUAGAAAACUCAGAAAUCUUUACAUUCCUGGAGCCAGCCCUGCCCACCUUUGCCCCCGCCUGACCCCCAGGGACAGAGCUGGUCUCUGGACUGGGGGCCCCCAGGCCUGGGCUGGGCAAGCUGGACCCUCCCCUCCAGUCUACCAGCUCCCGUCCCCGAGGCUUGGCCCCUAGUCCACAGAGGGGACCCUGCACAAACCUAUUUAUUAACUUGCUGAGCACAAGUGGCUCUGUCCAUCCCUCCGUCUGUCCGUCCAGCCUCCCCUGCUGCUGUUCUCGCCUUGGCCAGCCUUGCGGGAGGAUUGGGCUCUCCUGCCCCCCAUAUUGAGCCAGGAAUCCUAGGCUGGGGGUCACCCUGCAUUCUGACUCCCAGGACAGGUUCCCCGCCCCCACUGUGGGACCCAGCCUCCCUCCUGGUAGGCCCCUUGGCCUCCACCCCAGGCUGGGGACCCAGAGCGUGUGAAGUCGGGGCGCAUGUACGAAUGUUGUGGGGAGCAGCUGGUGGCAGCCCUUUGCUGGCCUGGCCCCUCAGGGAUGGGGCUGUUGGGGGGACUGCUGCCCUUCCCCACGUGGCCAGGCGUGUGUGUGUGCGUGCGUGCGUGUGUGUGUGCGCGCGCACGCACGUGUGCUGUGUGUGCCCUAGACUCCCCACUGCCCCCGUCCAGAAAUUCAUCUCUCCGGCCUGCCCCCUCCUGCUGCACCUUUAGUAGACCCCUCUUCUGAGACCACCACCCUGGUGCAGGAUUGGCCAUAGGGGAGGGCAGGCACGAGGACCAGUCUGGAGCCUGGGAGCAUCUGCUCCUCUUGCAGGGGUGCCAGGAGCUGCCCCUCCAGUCUUCCCAGGGCCCACCUCGCUCUCUGGGCCUCUGCACACGGCCCCCCCGCACUUAGUAAAGCUCCGCCCUCCCAGCGCCCCCCCCCACUGAUGUUGUGAAUUGAGGCAGAGGCUCACCCUGCCCUGCCGUGUCCCCAGCCACGUGAUCGUGUUGGUGAUUGAUCUGAUGUGCCGGUGCUGUGUUCCCCCACCCCCCGGGCCCCCUCCCUGGAGGCCCCUUCCCAGUGACACUACCUGGGGCUCAGGCCUGGGCCCCCCAGUUCACGGUUGUUCCUGGGAGCUGCCCUCUCCCGUCACAUCUGUACCUUGGAAGCUGCUGCUGCUGCUGCUUACAGAAUUAUAUUUUUUUUCUUUCAAAUUCAAGAGUUUUAAGAAGUUGUAACUUUUGUGUCUUGUCAUGUAAGAAGAUAAAUAAAUAUUCUAAAUAGA